AUGCAAUUCUCAAAAGUUUUAGGUUUCUCCGCUGCUGUUUCAGUCGCUUCAGCUGCUUACGCUAACGUUACUUCAACUGCUGAAGUUUACUCAAACCAAACCACUGUUAUCACUGUUACUUCAUGUGAAGAAAACAAAUGUUCAGAAGUCCCAGUCACCACCGGUGUCACUGUUAUCACCUCAACCAUUGACAACGUUGUUACUGAAUACACCACUUACUGUCCAUUAUCAACCACCAAAGCUCCAGCUCCAUCAACCUCUGCUCCAGAAAACACUUCAACUCAAACCGCUAAAGUUACCUCAACCGUUGGUAACGCUACCACCCCACACGUUUCAUCAUUCGAAGCUGGUGCUGCUAAAGCUGUCCCAGCCGUUGCUGCUAUCGCUGCCGGUGUUGCUUUAUUAUUCUAA